ACUGGCUCCAAGAGAACACUUGUUCAUGAACAUUUAGUGUUAUGGAGAAAUUCAUAAGUAUAAAGGAUUUGGAAGAUGCAGCAACAGCACUGCUGCCGAAAGCUACACGAGACUAUUACAUGAGUGGAGCGACUGAUGAAUUGACAUUAGCCGAAAAUAAAAAAGCCUUCCAAAGGCUCCGAAUACGACCGAAAUGUCUGGUUGGAAUUACAAAUUUCGAUCUCCAAACUACGAUAUUAGGUGAAAGAGUAUCAAUGCCUAUAGGAAUAUCACCAACCGCUAUGCAGAGAAUGGCCCAUCCUGAAGGAGAAACUGCUAAUGCCAAAGCUGCGCAGUCUGAAGGCGUUAUUUACACACUAAGCACAAUUUCAACGAGCUCUAUUGAAGAAGUGGCGGAGGCAGCUCCAAAUGCAGUCAAGUGGUUUCAACUUUAUAUUUAUAACGACAGAGAAAUCACAAAGAAACUCGUUUUAAGAGCUGAAAAAGCGGGAUUUAAGGCAAUAGCUUUAACUGUCGAUACGCCCAUUUUCGGACUUCGGAGAGCAGAUGUGCGCAACAAAUUCACGCUACCUCGUCACUUGAAAUUAGCUAACUUUGAUGGAAAUUUGUCCACAAAAAUCCACAGUUCUGGAGAGGGCAGCGGAUUAAAUAACUAUGUGAAUAAUUUAUUUGAUAAAACCUUAACGUGGAAGGAAGUUGAAUGGCUGAAAAGUAUAACCAAGUUACCUAUUGUAGCUAAAGGAAUAUUGCGUGGAGACGAUGCUGUAAAGGCUGUGCAAGCGGGCUGUUCUGGGAUAUUGGUUUCAAACCACGGAGCGAGACAACUUGAUGGGGUUCCAUCUACGAUUGAAGCUCUCCCUGAAGUGAUUGAAGCCGUCAGAAACUAUAAUGUAGAAGUGUACCUGGACGGCGGCGUAUCAAGCGGGACGGAUGUUUACAAGGCUUUAGCCCUAGGUGCUAAAAUGGUUUUUGUCGGACGACCCGCUUUGUGGGGGUUGACAGUGGGCGGUACUGAAGGGGUCCAACGAAUGCUCAGAAUUUUCCGAAAUGAACUGGAAUAUACGCUACAAAUAGCAGGAACACCGACCAUAAGCGACAUCUCCAAAGAUAUGGUGCGCCACGAGUCAUUCUACAGUCGGCUCUAAUGAAAACUUCAGGGAAACACGCCCACACAACUCAAACUAUACCUAUCGAAGAUUAUUUGUUUUUUACAAAUUUCUCAUAUUAAAUAUAUUUAUUAUUAAACAAGGUA